AGCCAGGGGUGUUGCUCAUUUGGGGAGGGAAGGACUUCCGAUUCUUUUAAAUCCAGAUGCCAGACCCCCAGACUUGCUAGAGCUGGAGAGAGGGCAGGAUGCAGAGGUUCCAUUUCUUCCCAGCUGUUUUCCUCCUCUUCACAGCUGCCCAGCUGAGCUGUAGCUUAAAUGAUGAAGAGAAGCAAAUGGUGGUAGAACUUCACAACCUCUAUCGAUCCCAGGUCUCCCCACCUGCGACCAACAUGAAGAAUAUGAAAUGGGACGAGGAUCUGGCUGCCUUUGCCAAAGCCUACGCCAGCAAGUGCGUGUGGGGCCACAACAAGGAUCGAGGCCGCCGGGGAGAGAACCUCUUUGCCAUCACAGAAGGGGAGAUGGACUUAGAGCUGGCUGUGGAGCAGUGGUACAAUGAGCACGAACACUAUGACCUCAGCAAUGCCACCUGUGCCGAAGGACAGAUGUGUGGCCACUAUACCCAGGUAGUCUGGGCAAAAACGGAGAGGAUUGGCUGCGGAUCUCAGUUCUGUGAGACGCUUGAGGGAGUGAUGGAGACUAAUAUUCAUGUGCUGGUCUGCAACUAUGAACCCCCAGGAAACGUGAAGGGCCAGAAACCCUAUGUGGAGGGGCCACAGUGUUCCCAAUGCCAGGAGGGCUACCAGUGUAAGAACCAACUCUGUCAACCAAUCAUAGGCCCAGAAGAGGCUGGGGUCUCAUCCUUUUUACCAGGCGCAGCCCUGCCCUCUAUGGCAACUGAGACCUCACCCAACUUGGCGACUGAGGCCCCUCCCUCUUUGGCUACCAAAGCCUCGACCUCCCUGAGUGAGGGGACCUCCCUCUCCCCUAGGCUAAGUAUUGACACCACCCUGAAAUCAUUAGAGACAGAGGCCAGCAAGACAGAGCCAGAAAGAGGUGAGCCCACCCAGGAUGGACCUCAAGAGUUUCUUCCCUCCUCCACUACCUCCUCCUCCGAGACUCUGGCUACCACUUCCUUGGCUAAUGAUGAACUGGAAGAGGUCCCAGGCACCCUGUGGCCAAUAGGGCACACCUCCAAUAGUGCCCCCGCUGGCCUCUCCCAAACUGGUGGGGCCAGUGCCAUAGGUGGGCGCACCCUGGCCCUACACUCCACUUUAGAAGAUGUUGCUGGGAAAACCAUGCAGAGUGCUUCUAGUCGUUCUGAGUUUUCUCUUUUUGGGCUACUAAGUUGCCUAGUCCUGAGAUACUUCUUCUGAAGGCAUCAUCCUUUGCACACCCUGUGCCCACACUAUAAUGUAUACUAUGCAGACCACAGGCCUUGUGUUCCCCUGGAAAUAGAGCAGAUUAGAUGGAUGGAUGGAUAGAAGAAUGGAUGCCCAGAUGUGGGCCUGGACACACCCUGGAUCUACAACCAAAGAAUUAGGGUUCCAGUCCAAGAGGCCCACUAACACACUCACACUGCCCCACUUUCAGCUACGCCCCUUCCUUGCACACAUGCCCCUUCAGGAGACUCUACAAGGUGGUUCCUGCAAGACCCCGAUAUGCAGGCCAUGAAACAAGCGGGGGCUCCUAGAACCACCGAAUCCUCUUAAUGGAAGUGACCUCCAGACCUCAUCUGUUUCACUCUGGGACCCCCUCCAAGCCUUAGUGGAGGUCCAAGAGAAGUGCCAUGUCAUAAAGAGUUCUGCUGUGACCAGCAUGUCUACGGCUCUUCCUGCCCUUCAAGGCCCCCUAGUGAGGUUUGCCCAGACCCUUUGCCCUCUUCCCUCGGUCUCCUUUUCACCCUCCUCCAGGGGUUGCUCAGAGAGGUGACUUUUGCUUCUCUGGCAUGAAGACAGUAUCCAUCUGGUGGAUGUUCUCUCUCAUACCUGUUGAGGCAAGACAUAUAUGUCUGUGCCAAACCCAAGAGGAACAGAGAACUGCAAGGCAGAGGGCUGGGGGAGGGGUUAUUUGGGCCCAUGAAGGUUUGCAGUCCUGGCUACAUACAUAAGUACUGAUCCUGGUGACAGCCCCUAGGCCUGAUUCUGCCCAGAUAUCUUCUGCAGUGUGGUGGUGCUGUGAGAUCUUUCACUCACCUUUUGGGGUGAGGAUUAUGCCAAGAUGAAGGACAAGCUUCUCCCUGAGCCAGAGAAGUCACAGGGACUCAGGAGAAAGCAAUCUCAAAGUCCUGAAUAAAGUUCAGUCUGAAGUAA